AUGGCCAUGGCUACCACAGAUCAGAAAAUCAAGAAAAUCACUCAAGGCCGACGGAAGAUUGAAAUAAAGCAACUGGAAAAUAAAAGCACCAAGCACGUCACAUUCUCCAAGCGGCGGGCAGGCCUCUUUAAGAAGGCGAGCGAGCUGUGCGUGUUGUGCGGCGUCAAUAUAGCCAUCAUAGCUUACUCUCCUGGAGAAAAGGCCUACUCCUUCAGCCACCCCAACGUCGACACGGUCCUCAACUCUUAUCUCACUGGAAACGCUCUCCCUGCAUACUCAGCAGUGAAUCCUUGGCCCGUGGAGGAGUUUAAUAAGAAGUACGCGGAGUCGCUCAAGGAGUUGGAGGACGAGAAGAAACGGUUGGCAGAUAUUGAUGAGGAUCUGACGUCGAAGAAGAAGAUGAGGAACAAUAUUGGGUUCUUGUGGGACGAACCGAUCGAUGGGAUGGGGAUAGAGGAGCUCGAGCAGUACUUGGCAGCCAUGAAAGAGAUGAGGGCAAAGUGCCAAAGGCAACAGAUCAGGUUAGGGGAUUAUCAUGAUCAUCAUGAGUAUGGUAAUUGUCUGAGUGGAAGCGGUACUGGAGAAGAUGUUGGUAGUACUAGUAGCGGUGGUUUUGGGCUAGGGAUCAAUAAUUAUCAGUUUGGUAAUCUGAGUAGUACUGGGGGUGAUAAUGGUGGUGAUUUUGGAGCAAGUUCUUGUACUGGUAUUGGGUUAGGGAAUUAUCAGUUUUGUAGUAAUUAUCUGAGUACUGCGCCCGGGAGUGGUGGCUAUGGUGUUGGUGAUUAUGAUCAUCAUCUCGGAACUAGUACUGCUGGUUAUGGAUUUGGAGUACAAUGA